CUUGACCACGCGGUGGACGCAUCAGGGCCGUUCGCCCAUCGUCCGUCGGCGUACGGACGGUCGCCGGUCAGCCCGAGACCGGGGGCGGAGACGGACUGCUGCCUCUCCGUUCUCCCCCCCGGCGUGCCCCGGACGGCCGGCCAGACAGUGGUGAAAGCCCGAGCCCACCCUUCAAAUUCCCUCCCGCUUUCGAUUCUUAACAAGGGUAUUUCCGUCCUAAAUCCACGUAUAAGUAACCGCGCUCGCCAAAAAUCACCACUCGGACGCGCUCCGGUCUCCGGACACCAACCAACUCUUCGGCGCAACCGCAGCUCCGUCAGUUCGCUGAGCGCGCAACCGUCAGCCAUGGGCGCCGGCGAAGGCAACGGCCCCCGGCCUAUGGCGCAGGACCCGAAGACCCCGUGCAACGAGGGCCACGUCCGUGUUCCGCUCGACAACCCUCUUCCGAAGCCGCCGCCCGGCGCGGGACGGCAUCAGGUGGCCGACCCGCCGAGCUACGCCAUCACGGGCAGGCUCCUGCUCGCCACGGCGGGGGCGUUCGCGGGCGUCCUCCUGGCGCUCGUCGCGCUGCACCUCUACAACGGCUCCCGCCGCCGCCGCCUCGCCGCCGGCCGGCGCCGCCUGCUCCGGAGCCUGGCCAUCGCCGGCGCCGGCGAAGACCGCGACGGCGCCGCGCCCUCGCCGCGCGGGCUCGACCCCGCGGUGCUCGCCGCGAUACCCGUGGUCGCGGUCGGCGCGGGCCCGGGCACCGGCGCCGGCGCGGGCGGGGACUGCGCGGUCUGCCUCGCCGAGCUCGAGCCCGGGGAGAAGGCCCGCGCGCUGCCGCGCUGCGGCCACCGCUUCCACGUCGAGUGCAUCGACGCCUGGUUCCGCGGCAACGCCACGUGCCCGCUCUGCCGCGCCGACGUCGUCGUCGUCGACGCCGCGCCGUCCGCGCCCGCCGAGGACGGGGCGCCGCCGGAGGUGCGCAUGGACGUAGCCGGAGACGCCGCGGGCCAUCGUUCCGUCGCGCCGCCGACGAUGGCGAGGCUGGCGAGCGGCACGGAUCUUGGCAAGGCGAGGCAGGUCUUCGCUUCCGCCCGCUUCGCCGCUUCCUUCUGAGAGGCUCAUUCAGCUCGCGCUGGACUUGGGAAGCUUCCUCUGUUUUUCCUACACGGAUCUGCGGGACACCGUGGCUCCGUUGUUUGGGAGCGUCCUGCCACGGUACAUAGAUUUGUUGGAGAUGCUGCGUGUAUCAUGAUUUGGUGUACGAUUUUGGCAGAUGAAUAUAAUUUUUUGGAUCUAUUGACGUA